CACCGCUGGAAACGUCUUUCCGUUGCACGGUUGCGUAAGGGGAAAAGCGGAUGUUGACGAAUUAUUUCAAAGUGUCGGCGCUAACGUUACCUUUCCUAUAAUUACAAUGUCAGAUUAAUUUAGCCACAUAUCAGACUAACCUAGCUAGUCAAAAAUGUCAACUAGGUUUAGUAUUAACGCCAAGAUACACCAAAUGAUUGAUAGGAUAACGCUAGCUAGGAAUUAGCGACGGAUGCUGUUUCCAUGGUGAUGGAACAUUACUUAACGAUAAUGUACUGGCUAGCUAGCUAUUGAUGCUAGCUUCGAGGACAUAUAACUUAGCUUUUGAGUAGUUUACUACACCGAGAUCUUGUUUACUUAUGUGAACGAAGAUGUCAUCCGGGUUUCAGUCCUCAUAUCCUCAGAGUAGUUGGCUUUCUAGCAAUAAUGGCACUCACGUUUUACAAUUUGAAUCUCCACCGAACCAUUCAAAACUAACACCUAAUGUUAACGUAAACCAAGCAGAAACAACGGAGACCCAUGACGCCUCUCCUCGGCUGAGAUUUAACCGCCUGACACUGGAUGAAUUGAGUGAGGAGCUUGAUAGGCGCACCAAGGAAACCCAGAAGCUUCAGGAAGAGGUGGAAAACGCAACCAAAAUAACCUUGGAGAGAUUUGGCUGCACAUAUCGCAAUCACCGGUUUAAUGUCUAUGAUUCAUCUGGAGAUUCUACUAUUCUUUCAACCCACCAACAGGCAGUGACUCAGCCCCUGGUCUGUGAUCUGGAUAGUGAAGGUGAUAUCAUCCCUCCUGGAAAGGAGGUGUUGGAAAAUACAACAGAUGACUGUCUUCAACAGCUGUCUGACUUGCAGCUCAAUAAGACACUUGAUCAACCUGAACAAGAGACAUUUAGUUUUGACAAAGCCAUUGUGAACCUGCAGACUAAGUUGCAUACAGUCCAGAAGGAGAAGGACGUCCUGUCUGACCUCAGAUUGAAGGAUUCAAGGACACACGUUGAUCAGAUGGAAAAGAUGCUGUUCAUGUUGGAGGAGCUCCAAAACAUCAAAAGGGCCGAGGACCAGAAGCUGCAGGAGACGGCGGGUGAAAUGUUGGCGCGCAACAGGAAAGUAGAGACAUUGGAACGGGAUGUAAAGGAGAUGUACUCACUGUUCUAUCACGAGACACAAUGUGGAGACAACUCCAUGACCAGUCCUGACGUAGCCUCAAGUUCAGGACAGCUGUCACCAGCUGCCAAGUUUACUGAGGAUUUUAAUGAUGAGACAGAUGAGCUACAGGAGAGACUUCUUUUGUUAAUACAACAUCUGGGGAAGGAGGAAAGCAGUGGAGUAAAUAAGCAAAAAGAAAGAAUGGAAGAUCUGAUUGCAAGUCUUGGCCAGGAGAUGGCGCUGUUGACUGACAAACUGAGCUCAUCAAAAGACAACAGCGUCAGUUUAAGUUUUAAGUUGGAGCUGCUAAAGAGACUUGCAGAGAAACAGUCAUCGCUGCACCAGUGUAAGAUCAGUGAACUUGAGUCAACCCUCUGUAGCCACAAAGAUAAGGUUUGUUGUCUGGAACAGCAGCUCAUUCAGGCUCAGUCACAGCUGGUGGACGCCCAAAGAGAGGGAGAGCGAUCUUUACAACAGGCAGAGGAACUUCAGUCCCAGCUUGGCCAAUUUAAGAGGUGCGGUAAGCAGCAGCAGUGUGAGCUCCAGGAGGAGGUAAAGGUCCUGAGAGGACAGCUGGAGGCAGCUGGGGAGGAGAAAACCUGCCUACAGGCCCUGCUGGAGCAGACGGCGCAGGAGCGGAGGAAAUCCCAGGUACUCCUGGAGGACAAAAACAAGGAUCUCCAGCUCAGCCAGCAGGAAGCCCAGCAUCAUCUUGCCAGGUUGGAAGAGGCCCAAAGCAGAUGCCAGACCCUGCAUGCAGAAGGAGAGACACUGAGGCUGAAGCUGCAUGACCGAGAGAAGAUGAUAGAGAGCAGCGUCCAGAUGACAGUUCAGCACGGCCGCACCAUCGACAACCUUCACCAGGGGAACGGCCUCCUCAGCCACCAGCUUAAGGCCGAGUUAGAGCGGCACAAGUCAGACGUGGCUGAUGCAGAGCACGAGAGGCGGCAGCUACAGGCCUCUGUGAUUGAACAAAGUCAGCGUGUCCGGGAGGAAACUCUGGAGAAACAGCAGCUCAGCAUUCAGCUGGAGCUGCAGCACAUGCAGAUAUUCACUCUCACUCAGGAGCACAAGGAGCUGCAACAGCUCCACAGCUGCAAGAACGCGGAGCACGAGGGCGCGGUGCUGAAGCUUCAGAGUCAGCUAAGGAACGCCCGUGAUGAGCUUGACCAGGUCGGGAGCACCCUGAGGACCCUGGAAGGAGCUGACGGACACGGCCUCCAAGUAGCCUUGGACAUGCAGAAGGAGAUCACCGCCAGGAGAGAGCAGGUCGACUCCCUGCAAAGCAAAAUCCAACAUUUAGAGGAGAUUAUGGACAAGCUGUACCAGAAGAAGCGCUACCAGAGCCUGGAGAACCAGCGUCAGCUCCAGGAACUGGCCUUCGUCAGGGAGGAGAAGAGACAACUUGCCAUUGAGCUGGACGCCCUUCGCUCCAAAGAUAACCAGUUAAGGGAGCACAUCGGCCAGCUGGAGGCAAUCCUUCACAAGAUGUCAGCGAGCUUUACAGACUGUCAAGAUUUCCUCCAGCUGCAGGAUCAGGACUUUUUCCGUCUGAAACUGCGACAUGCCUUGGAUUUGAAGGAGCUCCAAGGUCAAAAUGUGUGCACAGCUCUGAAUGUACAUCCACCUGACCUGGACUCCCCGUCCCCAUCUGAACUCACUGCUGCACCCUCUUCCCAGCACGCCUCCAACGCCCAGAUCACGAAGGAGAGCCCCGCCCGGGAGCUCAGGUCUCUCGUCGAAGAGCUGCGAGGAGCGAUUUCGGGAAAGUACGGACCACACACAGAUGACAGGAGGAGGUCUGCACCGGAGAGAGUGCACAGAACCACAUUAGAAGGAAAAGCUGGAAGAUUGAGAAGAAAGACCUGCGACAGCCAGACGCAUUUCCUGAAGGCAGCUGACCUCAACGGAAAAAUGAUCAACAACAAAUCCUUCAGUGAGAGCCGUGUUAUUUGGAGUCCAACGACUGCAGCGAGGUACACUUCCUCUCCACAGCUGCUCUCACUGGGCCGCAGGUCACCCGUCCACUCUCUCCUGACCUCUGACCCAAACAGCUGACCGUGACAGACACAUCAGACCUCUUAUUAAAAGCUCCUUUUUUAUUUUUGAAUCCUCCCCAGAUGAAGUUGUCAGAAGACGGUUUAAUGAAAUCACCAAUUGAGUUGAAUCAGGUGUCUUUUUAUAAUUUAUUAUUUAAAUAACAUGUAUUUAAAAACUAAAGUGUUUGUCUACUUUCUGAUAUAUGUUUGUUAUAUGUGUUAGCAUUGAGAUCCUAGGUAAAGGUGGCGUUGUACUGGACUACAACAUAUUGAGAUUUAUUUCUAGACGACUUCAAUCAUAAACAAAUCAUAGACAAAAUUUGUCAACGUAAAAUGUAUGGCAGAUUUUUUCACAGUGUGGUUUUGAAAAGUAUUUACUGUAUACAAAUACACCAUACACCUUUUGAAACCCCCUCUCUAAAUGUAUAGCCUUGCCUUGGUCCAUUGUGCAUUACGUUACUCCUCACAGCUAAGGCUUCAUACAUGUUUCAGCUCCUCAUUCCUCAACAAACCAGCUGUUUCACAUCGUUCUCAUCUCUUCAUGUGUUUAGAUCCAGCUAAAGCUCCUUGGACAUAUUGAGGGUUCUUUACUGUACGUGUUCUUGGAUUUUUCUAAAUCUGAAGCCAUCGAAAAUGAUGUUUCGCUACACUUUGUUCAAGAUUCAAAUACUUACUUUUCUCUCGGGGGCGCUUUGUUCUGUAGCAGUAGCAAUAAAGACAACAACACAGGGCAAAACACACAAGAUAAAAAGCCACCCAGGAUAAAAACGUAGAGUAAAAGAUGAACACAUGAGGUACAAAAGUUAUCAUAUUAGUGAGAAAGAAAAAAGAAGAAGAAGAAGAAGAAGAAGAAGAAGAAGAAGAAGAAGAAGAAGAAGAAGAAGAAGAAGAAGAAGAAGAAGGAAGAAACAAGCAUAGUUUGAGAACUCUCUUUGUACUUUAUUUGGCUCAGAGGCUUUUCAAACUGUCCCGUCUGUUUGUGGCUUUGACAGGAUUUUAUUCUUGACCUGAAACAUUGUUGGCGUCCUCCGCUUGAAUGGGGAAAGUUGGUGAUGAGGAGUCUUGAAGGCCCAGUAUUUCAUAUUCAGUAACAUUGGUCUCUUCAUCCUGCAAAAGUCAAACACGAGUCCCUUGUAUCAUCGUUUUUGUAACAUUGUGUCGGUUCUUGUUUAAGGUCGGACCAACAGUAACAUUUAUGUUAGCAUUACUGAAGUGUCUCAAACGUACCGGAGAUGCAAACCAUCUGCUGAAAAGUUUGGCGGCUACUUUCUUGUCCUUGUGGGUGCACAGUUUGUUCACUUUGACCGUGCGGCCUUUCUCGUUACCAUUUCCAUUCAUUUGUAGAAUAUAAGGGUUUCUGGGACUUUGAUUUUGGUAAUCAGAGCUGCUUUAAAAUGAUUGAAAAAUAACAUGUAGCCUUAUCACAGUUGUUUAUUUUUCAGUCCAUGUAAUUUAGAAAAUAUUGAUAGUACAAAUCAAAUGACUUACAUUUUAUCAGCAGAGGUUCUGUGUUUAGUUUUCUUCACUUCUUCCUUUUUUGGCCCUGUACAGUUCUCUUCAUCUUCCUCCUCCGCGUGGUCUCCUGUAGGCGUAGGAAGAGCAGAUGCGCUGUUUCCGCUCAUGUCUGGGUCCAAAACGGAUACCACCUUAUCAAAUAACUGUAGAGAAAUAAAGACACACUGUAACUAUGUUUUAACACUUCAUUCUGGCCCCCCUGUCCUGACACAUAGCAGCUUGGUAGUCCAUACUGCUGUCAUCUCCACUUACCUCUGGGGUCAUGUGAUCCUUGUAGAGCGAGAACACAGCCAGAGGAUGCUGUUUGAGUUUCUCCUCCACA